UCCGGGAACGUGUUAGCGGAAAACGUCUUUUUCAAUCGUUUGAAAGGCGUAUCCCAGAAGCGUUACUUAAGAAGUUUUUUUUUCUUCUUCAAUUUAUUACCUUUGAAAGGUUUGCAGAAUUUGUUUUUAGCAUUUGGCAAAGUCGAAACAUUUGUUUGUAGCGUGACGAUCUGAUAAGACGGCGUAACAAAGAGUCUGACCCUAAAACAAGGAAGAGACGUAAGCAUGGACAAGGACCUUGUGUGGGCCCUGAAAAAUGGAGAUCUGGAUGCCGUUAAAGAUCUCCUUGCAAAGGAUGAAGAUGUAAACCGGACAUUGGAAGGUGGCAGAAAGCCACUACAUUAUGCUGCUGAUGGAGGGCAUAUUGAAACACUGGAAUUUCUUCUUUCUCUAGGUGCAGAUAUUAAUGCAUCUGACAAAUAUGGUAUAACUCCUCUCCUUUCGGCUACCUAUGAGGGUCACCUAGAAUGUGUCAGACUUCUGGUUUCUAAGGGUGCUGACAAAGAAAAAAAAGGACCUGAUGGCAAGAAGGCAGUUGAAGUUACAGAGUGUGCCGAUAUAAAAGCCCUCCUAAAAUGAGAAUGUAUUACAUUUUUCUUUUGAGGAAAGAAUUGGUGGAUUAAUACUACUUCUGUGGCCUCAAGCUGAUGCCUAUCCUUGCUUGUCUGUUGCUGUCUCCUUUUAUAUUCAAUUGUUUGACAACACAAGGACCAAAAAGGAAGUUGAAAAAUUUUUAAUGGGGGGAAAAAUGAUUGCAACUAAUACAAUAUAAAAUGUACUUAGAAUGAAUGCAUAUGAAACAAAUGAUAAACAUUUAUUUUCAGGAAAAAUAUACCUGUAGUAAGGUUAAAAUGCACCUGAACAGUGUAUAAUUAGGAAAUUAUUUAAAAA